AUGUCUCCAGAUCCUAACAAUCACGUUGCUCUUACCUUAUUCGGAAUGGGCUCAGUAGGAAAAAGCUGCAUCUCAAUGAGGUUUGUUCAGGGCAUUUUUGUUGAAGAAUACGAACCAACAAUCUCCGAAAAUUUUAAAAAAGCAUUAACAGUUGACAAUUACACAUACAUGGUUGACAUAUUCGAUACAGCUGGUAUGGAGUCAACACCCGCUUUAAUUAGACCAACAAUUAAUCAGACCGAUUGCUUCGUCCUUAUUUUCGCAAUUAACGAUAGCGCUUCUUUUGAUCAAAUUAGAAGUUAUCAUGAUGAAAUAUCUCGCGUUAAAAAUACCGACUCUUUCCCUUGCAUUAUUGUUGGUAAUAAGCAAGAUCUUAGCAAUGGCCGUCAAAUUGAAGAAAAGGAAGCCAUUGAUCUUGCUAAAGAACUCAAGGCCCUUUAUAUACCAUCUUCUGCGAAAACAGGACAAAAUAUUCAGAAAAUUAUGGAGGAAGCAGUAAGAGAAGUUGCCAAGAUCAAAAAGCCUGUUGUAGUCCAGAAGAAGAAAUGGUACGAAAGCUGUCUUCUUAUAUAA